UUGAUGUUAAUAGCCAAAUUUAUUCCACGAUCUGCAAAGAAUCAUGUCGCAUUUUAGCUUUCAAACUGAAGUGAAUGAUCUCCUGAGACUCGACGCUCCUAUCAGCAAAGGGCCGGCUCCGCGAUGGCAGAGAAAGUCAACAGAACGUCGCGGUUCCAGCGCCACUUCCUCCACACCGCUUCGUAACUCUGCUAGGUUAAACUUGACUAAGACUCCAUCGAAAACACCAAAAUCUCUCAAGAAAACGCCCAAGACACCUUCAGAGGACAGAUUUAUUCCAAAUCGAAGCGCGAUGAAUUUCGAAGCAAGUUAUCACAAGAUGAUAUCAGCUGAUAACGAGAACGAAGAAAACGAAUUUAUCAGUCCUUCGAAAGCCGAGUUUAAAAAAAACAUGGCUGAAAACCUUGGUAUCAACGAAGCUAAUGCUAAAAUUCUUGCUUUCAAGAGUAAGGCACCAACGCCGAGAGAAGGGCACUUAAAUGAUCUACGCGUGUUUUACAGUCAGAACAAAACUCCAUCCACUUCUUCGAAGAAGAACACGAGGCAUAUUUCUCAAGUUCCUGAGAGAAUACUAGACGCACCCGAUCUGAUCGACGAUUACUGUGAGUUACUGAAGAAAUAAGUUAUCAGAUUGUAAUCGAUGAAACGUAGUUUACUUCGGUUUUAUUUUAUUCUUGACUCUCGCACGCUGUUUACUAAAAAGUAUGUUCACUGUAGACAAAUUUGAAGGUCAAGUUCAAGUUCAUCAUUGCUCUUUCUUCAAUGUCAGGGUCACACGUGGA